AAAAAGUUUGCCUCCCCCCAAAAAGGGUGGAAGGAUAAUGAGUGUGAAAGACUGAAGUGCGCCCGCAAAUGGCAAUGAUGAUAAGCAGCAAACGCAGCAGUACGAAUAGCAGUUAGGAGAAAGAAAUGGUGCCAACGACAACGAUGAUGGCCAACGCCAACGGUGCUGCUGGUUCCGCCGGAAGCGGAGUGCCCCAGGGGAGUCAAUCGUCGUCCUUCGGCGGCGGUCCGCCGCUGUCGGAGGGGGAGAAACUUACCGCCCGCAAAGCGCGCAAGGAGGCGGAACGGCAGAAGAAGCAGGCCAAAAAGUACGAGGAGCAGCUGAAGAAGAUUCGCGGGCCAAAAAGCCAGAAGCUGCAGAUCAUCGACGAGAGCUUCCUUGAGAAGUACCAGAACGUGCAAUCGCUGCCACCGGGGCCCACAUUGAAGACAAAGAAGCGCUCCAAGAAAGCCCCGACCGAUGUGGUGCAGAUCAAUCUAUCGGAAUGUAUCCGCGAACAGCUGGCCGGUGGUGACCGGUGCGAACACAAACCGAUCGUACCUAUCGUCCCGAUUGUGCCGCAACGACCGAUGCUGGUCCUGCACAAGGGUAAGCAGCGCGAAGUGCCAAAGGAGAAGAAACCCACACGACUGAAGAAGGACAUACUGAGAAGCCGAUCGGAAAAAUCCGCUGCUGCCGGUGUUGAAGCAGGUGCCGAGCAACCUGCUGAUCAGGGUGGAUCAGCACCAUCGACCUCUGGCGGUCCGAGCGGCGAGCCCACGCUGGAGGUGGUCAAGCAUAAGCAAGUGCUCGAACAGCCGCCCCUGGUGGAUUCACCUUUCUUGAAGGCCAUCGAACGGUGCUGCAUCAACGAUGGUCCACCACCGAGCAACCGUGAAUCGAGCGAGUACCAGAACGGCUUUCCAUCGCUUCGCACGUCCAUGUCACUUAAAUCAUCGGCACAUCGGCAUUCGAGGAAUUUUCGGCCGUACUGCGAUCACCUCAUUACGGACGAUCUGCGUGAUUUGGCGGAAGAGGUAGUGGUGAAGCUGUUCCAGUUUCAAUCGAAAGCAUACGCCAAGAACCCCAUUAAGGCUGUCAGCAACAAGCGGUUCGUGGUCGGUUUCAACGAGGUGCUGAAACACCUUGAGCUACGCAAAGUACGUCUGGUAUUGAUAGCACCCGAUCUCGAACCGAACGAAACGAUCGAUCAGCUAGUGGGUAACGUGAAGCUGCUGUGCCGCCAAAACCAGGUACCGUACCUGUUUGCGCUGAAGCGUAGAAAGAUUGGGUUUCAUUUGCUGAAGAAAGCCCCGAUCAGUUGCGUCGGGAUGCUGAGCUAUGCCGGCUGCGACGACACGGUCAAGCGCAUGCUGGAGAUUGUGGAGCAGGAACGCACAAAUUAUCGCAUUCAGAUGAGCGUCGGAACCGCUUGAAACACUGGGAACAAUACGUUUCCCAGUACGGUAGCCGUUCGAUCGUACGGUUAGCCUCGGAGGGUUCCAUUAGUUGGCAAACCCUAAAGUGAGAUGCAUACUCUAGUCAUUCCAUGGACGUGCGUGUAGUGGACGUUUUCUCGCCAAACCUCUCCCAGUACGCCUCAACGACCUCAGUCCCAAGCUCCAGCCCUCACGAGUAAAAACUCUAGUCAGUCGCAGCUACUACUUCUACUAGUACCACUACUACUAGCGCCAGCAUGUCUAUCAUCCUUAUAAAUGUGAGUGUUAUCAUCCAACAAAGCAACGAUGGUCCACACCACCGUUGGCGAUGUGCGCGAUUCUCAAUUGUUGUACGGCAAUGUGUGCAAACCCUUAUUUUAUGAAAUAACAUAAUAAACGUACCAGUACCGAAAUCCAUUAAAAUGGAUGCAUUU